AUGAUAACUAGAAGCGCCCCAGCCAACGAAACCCCCGGUGAAGGUCGUGAGGAAGCUGUGAUCAGUCUUCUUGCAAAUUCUUCCGAUCUCAAGCGAGCCGGCCUUGACUGGAAGGAAUACUAUGCCGCAAUCGAGGAGGACUUGAACACGGGGCAGUACUCGCAACACUGUACCACGUUUGUCUUGACUCUUCUUCCAAAUCUCCGGCGGCUCCGGCUACCUGAACAGUGGAAUUACGGAGCAUUUGCGGCAUCCGAUCAACUUCUCGACACCGUGGUUCAAAAGUCUAGACUACCAGGCAGCAAGUCUAGUCUUUCUCAAGUCACUCUCCUGGAAGCAAAUGAACGUGAAAUGUCUACUGAAUUCGAUAUAGACAUGGCAGCUCCUUUCCUAACCUUGCCAUACCUCCAAUCUUUUGAAGCUCAGAGGUGCAAAAGUGCGAACAACUAUAGAAACACUGCUGGUAAAUAUGCAGCCCUUGAAAAUGUUAUUUUUCGUGACACUCAUCUUGAUGAAAUGGCUGUUGGGAACUUCGUUCAACACACUCCAAAUCUCAAGAGCUUCGUGUACAGUUAUUCAGGAAAUCCGGGGGUCUGGGAUAUAUGCAAGAUGCUCAAGGAUAUUGAGCGGGGGUUGGGAGUAACCUGGAGGAGCUUUACAUGCUCUACGAGUCAAAGAGCACUAUGGUUGAAGACACGGGAGAGGAAAUGA